AUGAAGAUUUUCCCUCGGUAUGUAGCUGAUCCAGGAUUGCAGUCUGGAAUAGCAGAAGAAAUGGGAAUUCAUCAAACUACAGUGAGUAAAACACUAAGUAGAGUUUCUAAAAAGAUAAUGGAAAAAGCUGAUUUGUGGAUCAAGUUUCCGUCAUCAACACAUGAUAUUACUGUGGCUAAAAAUGAGUGGCUACAAAAAUGUAAAUUUCCAAGUGCUAUUGGUGUAAUUGGCUGUACACAUGUGCGAAUUCCAAAACCUGUUCAAUUUGGCGACGAAUAUAUCAACAGAAAGGGUUUUGUUAGUAUAUAUGUGCAGGCUACAUGCAAUGUGAAUGAACAGUUCACUAGAGUCGAGGCUAGCUGGCCCGGGUCAGUACAUGACAAUCGAAUAUGGAGAAAUUCAAGUGUCUGGAAAGUGCUGAGUGAAUGUAAGAACACUGUUCUUUUGGGUGAUGAAGGGUAUGGCCUAGAGCCCUGGCUGGUGACCCCCUUUCGGAAUGUAACUGAGGACAGUCACAAGUCAUUCAAUAACCUUUUGAAAAAAGAAAGAGUUGUGAUAGAGCGUUACUUUGGUCAGGUGAAGAGGCCGUUUCGUGUUUCGCAGUAUAUGUGUAGAAUUAACUUACCAAAUGAUCCAACAAUAGUAGCUUGCUGCUUUAUACUGCAUAAUAUUGCAAAACAUCUACAAGAUGAAGAUUUUGAAGACAUGGCUCAGGAUUUACAUGAAGAUGGUGAUAAUUAG